AUGUCUGCCCCCUCCUACAGCAGCCAGGCGGGAACCUGGCAAGAGCGCCUUGAAGAUGCCUGCCGGGAGGCCAACAUCAUGCCACCUGUGUUCCAAAUCGUCUCCGAUCGGCGAGGAGGACGCACGGCUUUGUCUAGCCGGGUGACCGUCCACGGGCGCACGCUCUCGGCCCGGUUCUGGUACGACGGGAAGAACUUGAACAAUGCAA